AUGUGCAACCCGUUUGAUAGCAUCGACAGCAUCGGUAGUAUUGAUUGCAUACCAUUCCCAAUAUAUUUGGGAUUCAAUUGGUGGACAUCCCGUGGUAUCGACAGCACCAGUAGUAUUGAUUACAACACCGAUAGUAAGGCCAUUAUUAUGUCGAGGAAUGAGACACAGAAUAUGCGCUCAAGAAGUAAUCAUACGAUUAGACCGCAAGUGAGAGGCAAAGACUCUUUGGAUCGAUUCGGUGACGAUUUGUGUAGACUGUUGCUCUCAUAUCUGCCACUCGAAGACCGGUUCCGAUAUGAAUGUGUGUCCAAACAGUGGCAGCGAUUGAUAUACGAGACACAGACAGAGCUAUCAUUUAAAUACCGAAGUUUGGACUCAUUUGGUGUGAAUAUAAACGACAAGGAAUCGGUUAAUGAAAUAUUAGAUAUUCUCGACUACUUGUCUCCGAUUAACGUUCUGUCAUAA